CCAGGCCCGAUGAGUCGAACGCCGAAGCGGAGACCGGCGAGCGGAGGCUCGGCGCUGUUUCUCAGCAGGCCGGGCCUGGCGUGGGCCCCCAGCCUUCCCACCGGGACUCUGCGCCGCGGUAUCCGCUGCAGUGAGCAGCCUGGGUGUCGCGCCGAUGCGUGGGCAGCAGCGCGGGACACGAUGACAGACUACGGCGAGGAGCAGCGCAACGAGCUGGAGGCUCUGGAGUCCAUCUACCCAGACUCCUUCACAGUAUUAUCAGAAAAUCCACCCAGCUUCACCAUUACUGUGACAUCCGAGGCUGGAGAAAAUGAUGAAACUGUCCAGACUACCCUCAAGUUUACAUAUAGUGAAAAAUACCCAGAUGAAGCUCCCCUUUAUGAAAUAUUCUCCCAAGAAAAUCUAGAAGAUAAUGAUGUCUCAGCCAUUUUAAAAUUACUUGCUUUACAGGCCGAGGAGAACCUUGGCAUGGUGAUGAUCUUUACUCUAGUCACAGCUGUGCAGGAAAAAUUGAAUGAAAUAGUAGAUCAAAUAAAAACUAGAAGAGAGGAAGAAAAGAAACAGAAAGAAAAGGAGGCCGAAGAAGCAGAAAAGAAAUUGUUCCAUGGCACUCCUGUUACAAUUGAGAAUUUCCUAAGUUGGAAGGCCAAAUUUGAUGCAGAACUCCUAGAAAUCAAAAAGAAACGGAUGAAAGAAGAAGAGCAAGCGGGGAAAAAUAAAUUAAGUGGGAAGCAGCUGUUUGAAACAGAUCAUAAUCUUGACACAUCUGAUAUCCAGUUCUUGGAGGACGCUGGAAAUAAUGUGGAGGUAGAUGAGUCCUUGUUCCAGGAAAUGGAUGACUUGGAGCUGGAGGAUGAUGAGGACGAUCCGGACUACAAUCCUGCUGACCGGGGGAGCGACUCCUCAGAUUAACGGACUGUCCCUGUCUCCAGAGGGGCUUGGAUGCCACAGCAUCUGUGGCUAUGUGGAGAGGGUUUCGAUUUUCCUUUUUUUCUAAGAAAAAAAAACAUAUUUUUCAGGAGAAUAUUCUUCUGAUAGCUUUCAUCAGUGAACUUAAUAAACUGACCUUAACAUUUCAAAUA